UAGUUGAGUCACAAUUUAUGUCUAUGAAGUUAAAAGUUGAUAAUCUUUUAUCAAAUGAUAGAAAUGUAUUGGAUGAUGCUUUUGACAUUAAUAUUAAUGAAUUGUCAGAAAAUGGUAAUGAAUUAGUAGCUCAAUCGAGACAGGAAAACAUUGAAAUUUAUAAAUAUCUGAUGAAAGAUUGUUUAGGAUUGGAACAAAUCGUUAUUGAGCUGCAGAAAAUUA